GCAAAACACCUCUAUCAAGUGCCUCCACGGAAGCUCCCGCGGCAGCUCAACCCUGCAAGGAGUUCACGAACCGUGACCGAGACCAACCGUUAGCUUGUUUGGACGCCAGGUGUGGACACAUUGUGCAGCACCAAUUCCUGGCUGGGAUCCAGCAACGAGCGGCCGGCUCGCAACUGAUCGAUAUUGAUCCAAAACACAUACAACAAUUUGCACGCGACUUGCGACAAAUCGCCCGCACCCUCCAUCGACUCCACCAUAUCUGCCCAACAGCCUAAAUAUUGCCACUGCUGUUUAAGGAACUGAGGGCUUAUUAUUCUGCCACACAUACAUAAACACGCGCAACAUCAAGAUGUUGGUCUCCUUGACCGUCGGCAAGGUCGACGCUGGCGUCACGGUGUUGCUGACCCCAGACAAACGCCUCAUCGAGUUCCCCUCAAUCCUUUUACCACCCGACAUCGAAUCCGGCUCAAUCGUCGACAUCACCGUCUCACGCAACACCGCCUCGGAGGUCAAGGCCGAACAGCUCUUCCGCGCUCUGCAGGACCGCAUCUACCAAUCCUUUGGGGCCGCCGAGCCCUCGCAGCCCGUCCUGAGAUGCCGCAACGCGACGCAGACAUCGGUCGUGCUCGAGUGGGACCCCAUCCAGCUCGCCACGGCAGACCUCAUCAGCCUGGCGCUGUACCGCAAUGGACAGAAGGCUGGAAACAUUCCUCGGCCCAUGAACAUGCACAGCACCAAGAUCAGCGGCCUGGCCGUCGACACCGAGUAUACCUUCCACCUGGUACUGCGCACGACCGCGGGCACGUUCAGUUCUGAAAAGGUCACGGUCAGGACGCACAAGAUGACGGACCUCAGCGGCAUCACAAUCACCACGGGCAUCCUGCCGGCGUCGAUGCGGGAAGGGCUCGCCGCGGCCGUGGAGAGGAUUGGUGCCAAGAUGGUCGACAGCGUCCGCAUCGACACGACUCACUUUGUCACGACCGAGGGUAGGGGUAUCCAGUGGGAGAAGGCCGUGGAGAUGAACAUCCCUGUCGUGAGGCCGGAGUGGGUCGAGGCAUGUGAGAAGAACGGUAGGAUUCUGGGAGUUACCAAGUUCUACCUCGAUGCCAUGCAACCUGGGCCCGGCAGUAGUAUGGGAGCGCCUGGUGGGAGUGUCGUUGCCGAGGAGCGUUCGGUGCCGCCUUCCGCGGCCGCUGCACAAACACCCGCGUCUGCCACGUCUGCGGCCGCUGCACAUAAGGAUCUGCCACCCACGCCAGCCCCUGCAGCUGGACCCUCGGGCGGCAGUGGCGAGAAUGGAAACGAAGAAAGCAGCGCGGCCGCGGCCGGAUAUCAGCCCGCGCAGAGUCAUCAAGAAGCCGAGGAUUCAGACGCAGCAACAAGGGACAAGGAGACCGGAGGCGGACGUGACGAUGACAGUUCUUCCGACGAUUACAGCGAGGAUGAAAAGGCAGAAGAAAGCUCCAAGUCGGCGGCACAGGACGAGCAGAAGUCACGAGCCGAGGACAUAGCACUGCGGCCGACGGCGCUGAUGCCAUCCAGACCUCUGGACGAUGACAAUGAUAAUAGUCGAGGGGACGAGUCAAAGGUCACUUCACCUGGUGACGGUAAUUCUUUCCAGGAUGUCGCAUUAUGAGGGACUGGCUGGUUGGUUGCGAGAUGCGGUAAUAAUGGGACUGGACAGGCAGAUAUAGUGACUUGGGCCUUACUUUUUGACGUCAAGCGAGGGAAAUGUGGUGCAUGCCCACCAACUUAUAUCUAGACUGCCGCGGCUGCGCUGGCGAAUUUCGUUUUUUUUUCUUCUCCCACCGAUUAUCAUGGGCAGUGUCUUUCAAAAGCUAAAUCUGAAUUCAUCUCUGUGAUAUAUCGAGAAGAAAACGCGAUUCAACAUGCAUAGAACUGACACAAGAGCCGGCAUCUAUGGCGGCACCUCUGUU